GUUCAAGUUCAUGUUUCAAUUCUAAACUAUUGCGUAUCCGCCAUUGUCGCUGGAGAGGAGGUCGGUGAAUUCUUCUUCUGCCGCCGCCGCCGCCGCCGCCGCCGCUGCCUAUCCGCAGAUCGGCAAAUUCUUCUGAUGUCGUCUCUGGAAGAAGAGCUUUUUCUUCCCUCGAAUUUUUGUUUGUCAAUUUGAUAAAUAAUUGAUUCUUAGAUUCGGAAACUCGGGUUUUUCAAGGCGCAAAUUGACGUUGCAAUGGCGGAUGCUCGGUGGUGGAGCGUUACGUACACGAAGCACGUUAAGCAGAAGCGUAAAGUCUAUCAAGACGGUCUUCUGGAGCUUCAAGUUUCUCGGCACAAGGUCGCUUUGUAUGACGAAGGGGACAAGCUCUUGGAGAGUAAGUUUGUGAAGAAAGAUGAUGUAAUCGAAUCUGGUGAAACACUUGCAUUUGAGUCUUAUCUUGUUGACAUUGGUGAACUGUGCGGAAGCUGUAAACCUACAUCUACAGUGGCAUGUCAAGGAAAAGACAGCACAUUUAUUGAUAUACCUAGGUCAGCCCAUAGUUAUGACUGCAGGAGCAACUCAACUUCUGUAGGAAGGAAACCUGCAUUUCGGAUGGUUAAAGGACGGAAGAUUAACUUAAGCCCAUCAGAGUAUGUGAUCAGAGAAGUCAGGGACCGCGAAAUGAUCAAGCAUGCAGCUUUAUCUAGCUCUCCGGAUGUGAUCACGAGUAGUACAACAGAAUGGCAGGUCUUAUACACAACACAAAUAUCACAAAAGGCCAAGAAGUUUCAUGAUGGAUUUUUACAACUUGUAGUUAGAGGACUAGGGAGGCAGGUUAUGUUGUAUGAUAUAACCAGGAGAACCUUGGAGAGCAGAUUUUUGAAAAAACAUGAAAUUGUUUGCUCUGGUGAGUCGCUGGCAUUUGAGGGCCAUUUAGUUGAAAUUGGAGAACAGAACGGAGUAGAGAAGGCUGCAACAGAUAUAGGAAUUCAGGAAAAGGACUGCAAAAUUGUUGGACAAAGUGAUAUAUUUAAUGACCAGGCCAAACUUCCAACCAACAAGAGAUUUUUGGCUGGUAAAACUCCAGGACAGACCUCUCCAGGGAGACGUACUAAAAUUAAAAAUUCUAGCUCCGAGGUUGAAAAAGUGAAAUUAAGCUGGGGAACAGUUGCAAAUGAGCCAGUCCGUGCUGUUCAUGACAUCUUGACCGUUCUCAGAAAGCCGGAUGCCACUAUGAAUAAGACAUGUGAGGAAAAGCAACAUGAGUCACUUUCAAAAGAAUGCAAUGGAAAUGAAGAUGAACUGAAAAACAAUAAGUCAAAUCAAGAUUGCAUAAUGAAGGUUAUAAAAACUGAGAAUGUCAACGACCUCCCCAGUACUGAGAAGUGCACAGUUUAUGGAAGUAGAAGAGAAUACCAAGCUAGUUCCUCAAUUGUCGAUCAUAGUUCAGAAACAACCAACAAUAUGCCUCCCAUCCUUAGUGUAAAGUGCACUGACAAUAAAAAGCUGGUGUCAACUUCAUAUCUGGAACCCAACUCACCAGUCAAUGCUGUGUUGGAUUCUCAGAACCACAAGCCAAUUGAGCCAGCGGAUCUCCUCAAAUCAAAUGAAGCUGUGGAACCUGAAAAUCUCCCUGAAAUAUUUUCUUGUGAAGAGAUUCUGAUGGAAACAAAGGCAAAGGCUAAAGCAGCAGUUGCUUUGAACGCCAGUAAAAUUCCUAAGGAUCAUCAUGAAUCUGCAAAGAAUUUGGAUGAGUUCCCAAGUUUUGAUCUUGGAUUUUGAAAAGAUUCAGUACUUGCACAAAUGCACCUUAGUAGGAAUCAUCGAGUUGGCUUAAUGAAAUCCUGCUGUCGAAGAGGAA